AUGGAUGAUAUUUUUUUUAAAGUUUUUAAGAAUAUAUAUUUAAGGUCAUUAAUUUUUUUAAAAAUAAAACAAAUAAAUAAAUCACUUUUAUAUACAAAAACUUACAACUAUUAUCAAAUUCCAUUAUUAUCAAUAAUUAAAACUAAAAAUCAACACCUAUUAAUUGAAAAAAUAAAAUUACAUAAUAAUACAAUUAAUAAUAAUAAUAAUAAUAAUAAUAAUAAUAAUAAUAAUAAUAAUAAUAAUAAUAAUAAUAAUAAUAAUAAUAAUAACAAUAAAAUAACAAUAAUAGAAAAUGAAAAUUUAUUAAAAAUAGAUAAAGAUUGUUUAAGAUAUUUAUUUAAAUGGAAGAGAGUUGAUUCAGAAAUUGUUAAAUUAAUUUUUAAAACAUUUGAAAAUGAAAUUCAGUCACUAGAAAUGUAUGAUAAUCCAAAAUAUUUUCAAGAUUUAAUUGAAAAUGAAAAUAUUGGAAUAUUGAAAUUAUUUUUAUUAAAUUCACUACCAUACCCACUCCCAUAUCUACAAUCAUCAUUACUACAAUCACCACCACCACCACUAAAGAUAGAAGAAGAAAGAAAUCGAGUAUUUAAAUCAAUGCUUUCAAAUUAUUUAGCUAAUUAUUCGAUAGAUAUAUUUUCAAAUCCAACAUACCCAAUGGAACAAGUUAUUGAAUUUUUCGAUUUUCUAUCUUCAUUAUCAAUUACCAAACUACCUUUAAUAACAAAUCGUAUAAUUUGUACAAUUUUAAUAAAGAUAGUAAAAGAAAAUUCAACAAAUCGAUACGGUAAAUUUUUCAUUGAAAAAUUAGAGAAACCUUCAAUUAUAGGUGGUUAUCAAAAUAAAAUAGAACAAAUAUAUAAUUUAACAUCAAUAUCAUUGGAAAAAGGUGAUAGAGAAAUGAUAAAAUUAUUAAUAUUAAAAAUUGUUCAACUAUAUAAUAUUGACCUAUCAUCAUCAUCAUCAUCAUCAUUAUCAUCAUCAUCAUCAUCGUCAUCAUCACCGCCACCACCAAGAUAUCUAUUUGAAAAAACUGAAUAUCAAGUUAAAUUUAAUAAAAUGGUUAUAGAUUUAUUAGAUAUUGAUUAUUUAUUAAUCUAUAAAUCAAAUUCAUUAUUUUAUGGAUUUUUUGACGAAUUAGUUAUAAAAGAUCAUCAAGACAAUAGAGAAUUUCAAUUACCAUUCCCAAAUAUCAUUUAUAAUUAUAGUUCAUCAAAAAAUAAUAGAAUCAUAAUCUCUGACCCAUAUAUAUCACUAUAUCUAUUAAAAAAUCAUUUAAAUUUAAUGAUAUAUGACUCUAUUGAUCAAAAUAAAAUUGAUAAUAAUAGUAAUAGUAAUAGUAGUGGAAGUGGUGAUAGUGAUAGUGGUAGUAGUGUUAAAAAUCCACCAUUUUAUUUAACAUAUUCAAGUAUAUCAAAUAAUAAAAUAUUAAAUCAAAAUAUCCAACUUUUUUCAAAUGAACAGUUGAGGUGGGAUUUUUCAAAAGAUUGUGAAUAUAUUGGAAUUAAUCAAUUAAAGUUUUUAAUAAAAUUUGAUGGAUAUAUAUUCUUUUCAAAAUUAUCAAUUAAAAAAUGUCUACUUGCUUUAAACGAUUAUCAAUCAUUGGAAUUAUUAAUUAAUCAAUACUCUGAUGAGAUUUAUCAAACUUUAUUAUUAGAGCUAGACAUGAACGUUAUCAAAUAUUUUAGUGAAUGUAAUGAAAUUGAUGAAUUUAAUAUUUUCAAUUUAAUAAUUCCAAAAUUACUUUCAAAAUAUAAUAAUAAUAAACAGUUUACAUCAAUGGUUAUCUAUAAAAAACAAUUACAUUUAUUAUUACUAUUUUCAUCACUUUUAGAAAAUGAUUAUCCAUUUAAUUAUUUAUUAGAAGUUGCUAAUAAUUCAAAUUUCUUCAAAAAUAAUAGUCAAGAAAUUAAUUAUCGAAUUUAUUUAACAUAUCAAUCAUAUUUAAUUUCUGUUAUUUCAAAAUUAAAUUACCAAGAUAGAAUUAUUUAUAUUGAUAGAUUAAAAAGAAUAAAAGUUUUUAAACCAUUUUUAUUUAAAUAA